CUCGAAUUCAUCGUGCUUAAGGCUCCCUCUCGCUCUCUUUCGUUGACCGGCCAUGACCGCAAGCGAGCUCUCCUGUCUCGACACAGAUCCUGAAUGGGCCCCACUCGUUGGCCUGGAUCUCGACGCUUCGGAUUUUGCCCCAAACGGCUCCGUCCGGCUCCCGCCCAGCAGAAAGCAGGACAGCUCCCAGACGACAGCAGAUGUGCUUUCGCCCUCUCACAUCCAAACCCUCGCCCACCACGAUCUCGUCGUCGUCCUGAUCUGCAACCCGUCGUUCCUCGACCACACCGAUUUGCCGACGCUCUUCAAACUCUCCAGCCUCGCCCGCAGACACCGCAACCUCUUGGCGCUCGUCCCCUUCGACCACCUCAAGCGAUGCACAGCCAGGGACUUGCAUAUCUGGGACGAUGUGUUCGAAAACGUCGAGGGCACCUUCCGUCGAUUGGAGGUCCUCCAGGGCCUGGUCCACUUUUGCACCCGCAAGCGCGGAUACCCCCGUAGCAUCGUAGCCCACCAGAAGGAGUCUGCCUUCUGGGAGGCCGUGGUUCAGUCCGAAAUCCUUCGGGCCAACGUCCGUAAGUUCGUCCACGACCCCUUCGGGAGCAUGGAUUGGCUGUGCGUGUGCAAGGUCGAAAAGAUAUCGCUGGACAACGUCGCCAGCCUCGGGCCGAAGCAGCAGUUCAGUUUCGUCGAUGCGUCCAAUAUUGCAUAUCAGCGCCGAUGCCGAUGGUGCCGAUACGCACCUGAAUCCUUGGCUGUCGUCCGCCUGCCGAGCCAUCCACUCCACACAGAUGAGCAGUGGUCCCAGCUGCUCCUGCAUGAGCGCUGGAUCCUCCAGCGCGCAGACGAGAAGAGGCUUCGGCUGAUCAACUGCACCUUCUUGUCGAUCUCUGGAUGGCCGCGCUCGCUCGAUGGGGUGGUCGAGCUGGAUCUGCAGAGCUGCACCCCGGAUGGAGAUGCCAUCCGACUCGCCGGGUUUCCUGAGCUGCCCAACGUCCAGGUACUCAGGCUUCCGGCGCAAGCUGUGGAUCUGAGCGGCCUGCCUCGGGUCCUUCCCAUGCUGCUGACCCUCGACAUGUCCCGAUGCAGCCGUCUUGCCUCGCUCGCCGGCUUGCCUCGUCUGCCGACCGUCCAGGAAGUCCGGCUUCCUAUCUCCCUCGAGAGCCUCGAAGGACUGGACGAGACCCUUCCGUCGCUGACAAGGCUCGAUAUGUCUGGAUGCAAUCGGCUCGCGACGCUUCGGGGGUUUCCGACCCUUCCUGAUCUCAGGAGCAUCAAGUUCCCCGAGACUCUCGAGACCCUGGAGGGCCUGCCGCCCUCGCUGGAUAAUACAGAACACUUCCACAUCGUCCAGUGCGCGGGCCUCAAGUCGCUCCGUGGAAUGCCGGCCAUGAGCAAGAUCCGGAAGCUGAAGCUUCCUCGCGGUCUCGAGAGCACCCAAGGAAUGCCAGGGGUCCUGCAAUCGCUCGUGUCGCUCGACAUGUCCAGGUGCGACGGAAUCACUGUGCUCUCGGAGCUGCCCGAGAUGCCCAGUCUCAAGGAAAUCAGGCUUUCGAGAAUGCUCACAGAUCUGGAGACGCUUCCUCCCGCGAUCCGAUCGAUUCACGAAAGCGGAGGUUGGAUGGGAGACGAGCGCCUGUUGCGUGAAAUCGGAGACGAAUACACAGCGACGUAGCAAUGCAGCGAUGCAUUCCGUUGGAUUCUGUUGGA